AUGAUGAUUGCUGCGGCGUUUUUGGUCCUGCUGAGGCCGUACAGUAUUCAAUGUGUGCUGCUAUUAUUGUUGCUUUUGCUCGGGACUAUAGCGACAAUUUUGUUUUUCUGCUGCUGGCAUCGCAGGCUUCGUAAUGGAAAACAUCCAAUAAAAUCUGUGCUCUCCGGACGCACCAAGAGCCGCGUUGGCCUCCGGACACAUCAUUUUCGAUCAGAGGGCUUCAGGCACAGUCCACGUCAUGCAAGAAGGAGCAUACAUGCUCGGGUGACAGAGGAAAAGCCCAAUCUGGUUGAGAUUCCUGAGAGCGAACCGGAGUCGUCAUCGAGUCUAAGGAAACGCAAAGUGAAGAAGAGAGUCCUGCCAGAAUUUUACCAGUCUGUACAAGUCACUCCCACACGCAAACCUAGCUCCAGUUCGGGGAACCCUUCCCUUCACGGCUCCAUGUCUUCCUCGGCGGAUUUCUCAGACGAGGAUGAUUACAGUGUUAAAUCUGGGUCGGCAUCACCGGCACCCGGGGACACUUUACCCUGGAACCUGCCCAGACAUGAGCGAUCCAAGAGGAAAAUCCAGGGGGGGUCCGUGCUGGAUCCGGCGGAGAGAGCCGUGCUCAGGAUCGCAGAUGAAAGAGACAGAGUGCAGAAGAAGACAUUUACAAAAUGGAUAAAUCAGCAUCUGGUGAAGGUACGGAAGCACAUAAAUGACCUGUAUGAAGACUUACGAGAUGGACAUAACCUGAUCUCACUGCUGGAGGUUUUGUCAGGAGACACAUUGCCAAGGGAGCGUGAUUUUCUGAAGACAUUGCGGUUGGUGAGUGGGACAGAAGCAUGUGCAGUUGAGCAGCAUGGAGACACGAUGGAUGAUGAUAAGGGGCCUCGGGAGAGAGGGAGGAUGCGGUUCCACAGACUCCAGAAUGUACAAAUAGCACUGGAUUAUUUAAAGAGGCGGCAGGUCAAACUUGUAAAUAUCAGGAAUGACGACAUCACAGACGGUAACCCAAAACUGACCCUGGGAUUGAUCUGGACCAUAAUUCUGCACUUUCAAAUCUCGGAGAUCCACGUGACAGGGGAGUCCGAGGACAUGACAGCCAAGGAGAGGCUGCUGCUCUGGUCCAAGCAGAUAACAGAGGGCUAUGUAGGCGUACGAUGCGAUAACUUCACAACCUCCUGGAGGGAUGGGAGGCUAUUAAACGCCAUCAUUCAUAAAUACAGGCCGGACAUGGUUGACAUGAGCUAUGUGUCGACACAGACCAACCGCUCAAAUUUGGAGCAUGCGUUUAGUGUAGCUGAGCAGCUGGGGGUGGCCAGACUGCUGGACCCUGAGGACGUAGACGUUCAGUCUCCUGAUGAAAAAUCUGUCAUCACGUACGUCUCAACACUGUACGAUGCCUUUCCCAAAGUACCCGAUGGUGUUGAUGGAAUCAGUCCUAAUGAUGUUGAUAUCAAAUGGGUGGAGUACCAGAACAUGAUCAAAUACCUCAGCCAGUGGAUCAAACACAAUGUGGCCAUAAUGUCAGAUAGAUCAUUCCCCAACAACCCUGUGGAACUCAAGGCACUUUAUACACAGUAUCUGCAGUUUAAAGAACAUGAAAUCCCACUGAAAGAGAACGAGAAGACAAAAAUCAAGAAUCUCUACAAAAUGCUUGAGAUGUGGAUCGAGUUUGGACGUAUUCAGUUACCCCAGGAUCAUCAUCCUAAUGAUGUGGAGAAGGAAUGGGGUAAAUUAAUUAUUGCCAUGCUGGAGAGAGAGAAGAGCCUGAGGCCUGAGGUGGAAAGGCUUGAAAUGUUGCAGCAGAUUGCCAACAGGGUCCAGCGGGACUGUGUUAAUGGAGAGGACAAGCUGGCAUUGGCAAGAACUGCCCUGCAGUCUGAUGCGAAACGUCUCGAGUCUGGUAUUCAGUUCCUUAAUGAGGCUGAGAUUGCCGGCUACCUUUUGGAGUGUGAGAAUAUCCUCAGACAACAAGUGGUGGACAUCCAGAUUCUCCUGGACGGGAAAUUCCCCUUUGCAGAUCAACUUGUCCAAAGGGUAUCAAAACUCCGGGAUGAGCUCCUAGCCCUGAGAGCCGAGUGUUCGUCCGUGUACAGCAAAGGUCGCACCCUGACAACAGAGCAAACCAAAAUGAUGAUCUCUGGCAUCACACAAAGCCUCAACUCGGGCUUUUCGCAGAACAUCAACACAAGCCUGACACCAGCCCUUACCCCUGCACUCACUCCGGGGGGGUUAGGCACCCCUGGGUCCACAUUCACCUCUAGCCUUACACCAUGCCUCACCCCGUCCUUGACCCCUGCCUUGACCCCUGGUUUGCAGCCCACUUCAGUCCAGAGCUACAUGGGGAGUGGUGGUGGCAUGGACCCGGGCAGCCUCAGGCAAUUAAAACACAUGCAGAUCCGCAAGCCCUUACUCAAAUCCUCACUGGCAGACUCCAACAUGACAGAAGAGGAGGUCAACAUGAAAUUUGUUCAGGACCUCCUGAACUGGGUGGAAGAGAUGCAGUUGCAGCUGGAUCGUUCAGAGUGGGGCUCUGAUUUGCCAAGUGUGGAAAUGCAUUUAGAGAACCACAAAAGCGUACAUAGAGCCAUUGAAGAUUUUCAGAUGAGUCUUAAAGAUGCCAAACUGAGUGAGAUUCAGAUGAACUUACCCCUGAAACUAACUUAUUCAGACAAACUCAACAAACUGGAAAGGCAGUAUGAAAGGCUAUUGAGCUGUUCAAGAGAGCGGCAAAGCCACCUGGAAAGCCUGCAUGACUUUGUGUCACAGGCAACUCAGGAGCUCAUCUGGCUGAAUGAGAAGGAGGAAGAGGAGGUUGCCUUCGACUGGAGUGAUCGCAACAGCAACAUCUCCAAGAAAAGAGACUACCAUGCUGACCUGAUGAGGGAGCUGGAUGAAAAGGAGGAAGUGAUCAAGUCUGUGCAGGACAAGGCAGAACGCCUUAUGCUCAAGAACCACCCAGCCAGACUCACUAUUGAAGCAUACAGAGCUGCCAUGCAGACUCAGUGGAGCUGGAUUUUACAGCUUUGCUCAUGUGUAGAACAGCAUCUCAAGGAGAAUGCCGUUUAUUUUGAGUUUUUCAGUGAUGCCAAAGAGUCCAUGGACUAUCUUAAGAGCCUGCAAGAUGCCAUUCAAAGAAAAUACAGCUGUGAUCGAACAAGCAGCUUGCACAGACUGGAGGAUCUCAUUCAGGAGUCCAUGGAUGAGAAAGAGCAGCUACUUCAGUACCGCAGCACUGUAGCUGGGUUAGUGGGCAGGGCCAAGAAUAUUGUGCAGCUCAGACCCAGGAACCCUGAAAGCCCCGUGAGAUCCUCCAUCCCUGUUAAAGCUAUCUGUGAUUAUCGACAGAUAGAGAUUACCAUUUAUAAAGAUGACGAGUGUGUGUUGGCCAACAACUCUCACCGGGCCAAGUGGAAAGUCAUCAACCCAGCAGGGAAUGAGGCCAUGGUGCCCUCUGUGUGUUUCACUGUGCCUCCGCCCAACAAAGAGGCUGUUGAUAUGGCUACAAGAACUGAGCAGUUAUACCAGAAUGUCCUGGCUCUGUGGCACCACUCCCACGUCAACAUGAAGAGUGUUGUAUCUUGGCAUUAUCUAAUGGCUGAUAUACGAGCCAUCCGCAACUGGAAUGUGUCCUCCAUAAAGACCAUGUUACAAGGUGAUCAUCAGCAGGUUUUGAGCAACCUGCAGUCCCAUUUCGACGAGUUCCUGGAAGACAGCGAGGAGUCUGAGGUAUUCACGGUGGCAGACUGCGCCCAGCUAGAGAGAGACGUCGUGGCCUGCAAGGAGUACUACCAGGAACUACUCCGAUCUGCAGAAAGAGAGGAACACGAGGAGUCUGUAUACAAUCAUUACAUCUCAGAAAUACGUAACUUCCGGAUGCAUCUGGAGGCCCAUGAAGAACACCUGAUCAGGCAACUCCGUACGCCGUUGGAGAGAGACGACCUGGAGCAGAGUCUGCAGCGUAUCACAGAACAUGAGAAGAAGACGGCAGAGCUGAAUAAACUGAAGGAGGACCUUGACGUUAUGAAGGAUAAGUGUGAGCUGUUCCUGAGACAGGCUGCAGGUGCUCCUUCAGUGCAGACGCUUUCCUCUGAACUCACCGUCCUCGUUCAGAGCAUGAGCCAAGUGAACUCCAUGUCUUCCAUUUAUAUGGACAAACUGAAAACAGUGAGCUUAGUGGUGAAGCACAGCCAGAGUGCGGAGGCGCUAGUUAAGACCUACGAAUCCAAACUCUAUGAGGAAGAUGCUAUGAACUCUGAUGUCAAGUCCAUUGAGUCAGUCAUUUCAACACUUAAGCAAUGGAGGUCAGAGAUUGAUGAGAAGCAGGAGGUGUUCCAUGACAUGGAGGAUGAGCUGCAGAAAGCACGAGUCAUCAGUGACCGCAUGUUUAAGGUGCAUAAUGAACGUGACUUUGACCUGGACUGGCACAAAGAGAAAGCAGAUCAGCUGAGUGAACGGUGGCAGAACAUUCACUCCCAGAUUGAUAACAGGCUUCGGGAUCUGGAUGGUAUCAGCAAAUCUCUGAAACACUACAGAGACUCUUAUAGUUGUCUUGAUGAAUGGGUCAGAGAAAUGGAAGUAGCACAGCUAAAGGCCCAAGAAAACAAACCUGAAGAUAGUAAAGCACUGGCUGAGCUGUUAAACAAACAGAAGGUCCUUGUUGCUGAAAUUGAACAAACACAGAGCAGAAUUGAUGAGUGUCAGAAGUACUCCGAGCAGUACUCCUCUUCCAUUAAAGAUUAUGAACUUCAGCUGAUGACCUUCAGAGCGAUGGUUGAUUCCCAACACAAAUCCCCUCUAAAGAAACGGAGGAUGCAGAGCUCCUCUGAUGCCAUUCAGCAGGAGUUCAUGGAUCUCCGAACCCGCUACACUGCUCUUGUGACUCUCAUGACACAGUAUGUGAAGUUUGCCAGUGAGACGCUGAGGAGAACUGAAGACGAGGAGAGAUCUGUUGAUGAGGAGAAGAGAGAGCAUGGUGAUAAAGUUAGCAAACUAUUGCACUGGAUGUCCAAUGUGAAACAGACCCCAAACAAUGAUGGGAAUGCUUUGAAAGAUAGCAAUGCCAACACAGAUGCUUCUAAUAAGCCCCAGGUGUCAGUGGAGGAAAUGGUCACUAAGAAGGAACAAAUUGCAGAAGCAUUGAGGGCCACACAAAUGAUGCUGAACAAACACAGUGACAAAAUGACAGAAGAGGAAAGAGAAAAGGCCCUGGAGCAGCUGAAGGCACUCAAUCAGGCCUACAGUGAACUCUCCCAACAAUGUUCGGAUCAGACAACCUCUGCAGAAGAGUCUUUAUUGGCGAAACACAAGGAGUUUACAGAGAAGUUGGAGGAAGUGUGUGAUAAUCUCACCCUUACGGAAAACCACCUGAUUGGUCAUCAGCAACAGGCUGAAAAUGCUGAGUGUGUCACCGACCUGCAGCAGUACCAGCAAGAGCAUCAGGCUCUGCAAAAAGAUGUAUUGACAAAUGCCAGUGCCUUGAAUGAGGUCAUCACCAGUACUAAAAAGUUUCUGGAGGAAAACCGGAGCAAGCUGUUGCCAGAUCAGAUUGCCAUGCUUGAGAGCAAGUUGGAAGAGGCUAAAAGCAAAGCCAAGCUCAUCGACCAGCGGGCGGAGGAGUCCAGGAAAGAUUUGGAGAAAGUUGUUACCACAGCCAUAAAACAGGAGAGUGAAAAGGCAGCAGCUGUUGAGCGGCUUGAAGAAAGUAAGAACAAAAUCGAAGGUCUCCUGGACUGGAUAUCCAACAUAGGGAAUGAAAACCAGAGCGGUCUGGAUCAAACUGACCAUAUAAGCAAAGAGAAUGGAAACGUGCCAGAAAAAACCUUCGACCGGGGACUGAUAAAAGAGGAUGACGAUGCCAAUGGAAACGCUUUGCAGACCACUGAAAAAGAUUCUGGCAGAGAGUCCAGCGGCAAGAACGACGCCUCCUUGGACCUCGAUAAGCAGUAUGACAGGGUCAAGGCCCAUCAUCAGGAGAUUCUGUCCCAGCAGCAGGAUCUGAUCCUGGCCACCCAGUCAGCUCAGGCUCUGCUGGACAAGAAAGCUAACAUGCUGUCUCCAGAGGAGAAGGAGAAACUGCAGAAAAACAUCCAGGAGCUGAAGGGGCGCUACGAGGCAUCGCUGACGCAGGCUGAACAACAGAUGAAGCAGGUGCAGUGUGUCCAGGAGGAGCUGAAGAAGUUCCAGAAUGACUGUGAAGAGUUUGAGGGUUGGUUAGACCAAGCAGAAGGAGAGAUAGAGGAGUUGGGAUGCCCUGCAGGCUCCCUCAAUAUCCUCGGAGACAAACUCCAGCGGCAGAAAAGCUUCUCAGAAGAUGUCAUUUCCCACAAAGGGGACCUACGCUUCAUUACCAUCUCAGGACAGAAAGUCCUGGAUGUGGCUAAAGCUUGUGGAUUGGAUGACCCUGCGGCUAAGAAUGCUCCGCUGCACGUGGACACUUCAGGAACCUGUUUGGCUGUCAAGGAUAAGUUGGAUUCAGCAGCUAGCCGAUACAAAACACUGCAUUCACAGUGCAAUCAGCUUGGCAACAACCUCAAAGAUGUGGUUGACAAAUACAAGAAAUAUGACGACUCGAGCGCUGGUCUUUUGGAGUGGCUCAACGGCUCAGAGGAGGAGGCGAGAAAGCAGCAAUCAGAGGCCAUAGCAGCUGACCCGCAAACACUACAAAAACAGCUGGAGGAGACCAAGGCCCUGCAAGGUCAGAUGACGGGACAUCAGACUGCUAUUGACACACUACGCAAAACCGCUGAGUCUCUGAUAACAUCUGAAGGAGACCUGCUGAGCAACUCAGAUGAAAUUCAGGAGACAGUAGAUGACAUAGUUGAGCGCUAUGACAACCUGUCCAAGUCUGUAAGUGAUCGAAAUGAGAAACUGCAGAUCACCCUGACUCGCUCAAUGAGUGUACAGGAUGGUUUGGAUGAGAUGAUGGGAUGGAUGGAGGGAGUGGAGGCCAGUGUGAAAGAGAAAGGACAAAUUCCUCUGGACUCUGCAUCCAUUGGAGAUAUUCUCAGCAAAGAAGCAGCCUUAGAACAGGACAUAGCAAGUCGCCAGAGCAGCAUCUCAGCCAUGAAAGCCAAAGUGAAAAAGUUUGUGGAGACGGCGGAUCCCUCUGCUGCUGCACUUCUGCAGUCUAAGAUGGACACUCUGUCUCAGCGCUUCUCCGAUGCCUGUGACAAACAUAAGCAGAAAGUUUCCCAACUGGAGCAGCUGAAGGAAAAGGUGGAAGAGUUUGAGACAGUCGCAGAUAAAGUUCAGCAGUUUGUUGUGAAGCGUUCACAAGAUCUACAUGAGACAGACGGGCCAGGGAAAACUUUCAAUGAACUGUCUCAACUAAUGCAGGAUACUAAAGCUGAGAUGGCUGAACAUGCCAGUGAUUUGGAGACGCUUCAGACUCUGUCCAAGGAGCUGUCUGAAAUAAGCCCUGAUGGAAACACAGCCCAGAUCCAGAGCAAGAUAGACAAUCUCUCAAACAUUUUCAGCACCUUCAAAGACACUGUCAAAGAAAAGGAAGAGGAGGUAUCAUCCUGUCAGGACCAGCUGGGAGAGUUCAGAUCUGCAGCUAGCGCUCUCACAAAGUGGCUGGAGCAGACCAAUGAGAAAGUACCUGCUGUUCAGCAAAGCAGCAGUGAGAAAAGUCUGGAGAAGGACCUGCAGAUAGUCACUGGAUUAUUAGAUGAAUGGACAUCCAAAGGCCCAGAUGUCCAAGACCUGAACAGUACAGGAUCAGCGCUAUGCAGCCUUAUUACCUUCCUCACAUCCCCUGCCAAGACAAAGACCCCAAGCAAGUCAGCUCUUACUAAUGGUGGUGGUCCAGGGAGCCAUUCCUAUCUAACCAAUAAAGAGCUGAUGGUAAUUCAGCAGAACAUGUCAUUCGUCAAUGAGGGAUAUGCCAGCCUCGGGGAAAUGCUGAAGAGUCGCGCUGCUGAGCUGAAUAGUUCGGUGCAGGAGGUCAAAGAGGCACAAAAAGAGACGGACAACAUGAUGAAGUGGCUGAAGGACAUGAAAAAGACUGCAGCUUCCUGGAACAAUGCAGCCACAGAGAAAGAUUCAGUGAAAACACAGAUUGAACAGCAGAAGGCAUUUGAGGAUGACAUGAAGCAAAAGCAGGAGCAGCUUCAGAAGCUCAGAGACAAGCUCCUAAACUUGAUUAAGACUCAUCCAAACUCCCCCGAGGCAGAAAAAUGGAAGCAGAUGCUGGCAGAAAUAGAUGCUGCUUGGGCAGAUGUCAGCGGCUCUGUGGAGGAGAGGAAGCAGCACCUGGAGCAGUCAAACAAGAAUCUGAACAUCUUCCAAACAACUGAGCUGCAGCUUGGACAGUGGCUGUCAGAGAAAGAGCUGAUGAUGAGUGUCCUUGGACCCCUCUCGAUAGACCCCAACAUGCUUAAAAUGCAGAAGCAACAAGUUCAGAUCCUCCAGAAUGAAUUCAAGAGCCGUAAACCUCAAUAUGAGCAACUCGAGGAAGCUGCCUCUGCCAUUCUUAGCUCCUCAGGCAACCAAGACCCAUCAAGUGGCAAACUGGUGAGGGAGCAGCUCGCUGCCGUCACUCAGAAGUGGCAAGGCCUUACAGAAAAGCUGGACCAGCGAGACAGCCUCAUCGACCAGGCUGUGGUGAAGACGGGGCAAUUCCAGGAGUUACUGAGGAGUCUCAGUCAGACCGCCUCUCAGCUGGAGACUGAGCUCACCAACCAUCAGGGCCAAAGCACCCAGCCCAAUGCUGUGAAGAAGCAGUUGGAGGAAGUCCAUAACAUCUCAGGUCAGCUGAGAGAGGAGAGGAAGAAGCUGAAGGAGGCAGAGGUCAUCAACGCAGAGCUCAUAGCGAUGGUGACUGAGGACUAUCUCAAAGCAGACUUAGCUAGGCAGCUGGAGACCGUCAGCAAGCCCUUCAAACAGCUGGAAGAGAAAGCAGCGAAACGGAUCGAGCAGCUCAACUCAACAUUUGCCAGCUCUCAGCAGUUCCAUCAAACCUCCAAAGAUUUCCAGUCAUGGCUGGGUGAGAAGAUCCAGGAUCAGUCUAAGCCACAGCCCAUCUCUGCCAAAGUGGAAACCCUGCAACAAGCGUUAGAAGAGCACAGUAAACUCCAGAAGGCUCUCAGUGAACAUGAGGAAGCUUAUAACACAAUCACUGGGGAAGGGGAGAUGCUUCUGCAGAACACCGACGGUGCAGAAAAACUGGCACUACAAGGACAGCUUAGUACACUCUCUUCCAACUGGGAGGAGGUGAAGAAGAACUCUGUGGAACAGGCUGAUAAACUCCAGACUGCUCUGCAGAGAUCUCUGAAGUAUCAGGAGCAUGCAGAGAAGCUCAGCUCUUGGGUUCAAGAGUGUGAAGCUAGCGAGGGCCGAGUCAAACUCACAGUUGAUCCAGUUGAUGUGGAGAGCUCCAUUUCUCAGGUGAAAGCUCUCCAGAAGGAUGUCGACAAGCACAGAGGGAUGGUGGAGCAGCUCAACGCGUCUGCAGACAGCCUUCUUGAGGUGGCCAACUUGGACACUGAAUCUGUCAAAGAGGAGAAGGCUAGCAUUGGCAAAAGAGUGGACAAUGUGGUGGAAGGUCUGCAGAGCAAAAGGGAGUCCCUGGAGAAGAUUUCACACACAGUUAAAGAAUUUAAUGAUGCCUACAAAGAGGCAAAAGCUCAGCUUGAGGGGGCCCAGAAGCAGGUGGAUGCCUAUGAAUCACAGGGAGCGCAGGCACACAGCAACAAGAACCUGACCAACAUGAAAGCCCAACAUAAGAGUUUAGAAGGAGUCCAGAACCAAGUAGAGCACCUGAAGAGCUUGGCCAAGGACCUUGUGGUAGAUGUCCCAGAUGCUGAUGGAGUAACAGACCUCUUGCUGCAGGCUGACAGCGUGGAAAAAGACUACAGCACCCUUAACAAGAAACUAGAGGACACAUGCCAAGUCUUGGAGGGUAAACUGCAGGGUAUUGGGCAGUUCCAAAACAGCAUCCGUGAGAUGUUCACCUGUUUCACAGACCUGGAUGAUGAACUGGACAGCAUGGCACCUGUGGAUCUGGACUUGGCCACUCUUAAAGAACAGCGGGAGAGCAUUCAAAGCUUUGUGUCUAAGCUGCAAGAGCUGAUGGCCAACACAGCCAAUGCUGGAGACAGCUGUAAGAAGAUGCUAGAGACUGAAACCUCUCCUGACCUGUUGGGCCUGAAGAGAGAUCUGGAUGCUCUGAGUAAGCAGUGUGGUAAACUAUUGGACAGGGCUAAAGGCCGAGAGGUGCAGGUGCAGAGUACUCUCACCAAGCUAGAGGAGUUGUACGGUAAACUCCACCAAGCACAAGAUAAACUUUGCAGUGCUGUGGACAAGGAGGCAUCCCAGGAGGCAGUCGGCAUGGAGACAGACAUCAUCAAUCAACAGCUGGAGGCCUUUAAGGCUUUCCAGAAAGACGACAUUGAUCCAUUACAGACGCAGCUUCAAGACAUUAACUUCCUUGGCCAGGGCCUGAUCCAAACCGCCGCCAAAGGCACCAGCACCAGGAAGCUUGAGGAUGACCUGGAGGAAGUCAACACAAAGUGGAAUACUCUCAAUAAAAAGAUUGCUGAGCGUUCAGCCCAGCUGCACGAAGCCCUGUUGCAUUGUGGGAGAUUCCAGGAUGCUCUGGAGUCACUGCUCAGCUGGUUGACUGACACAGAGGAGCUCAUGGCCAAUCAGAAACCUCCAUCUGCAGAGUUCAAAGUGGUGAAGGCGCAGAUACAAGAGCAGAAACUCUUACAGAGACUGCUGGAUGACCGAAAGCCAACAGUGGAGCUGAUAAAAAAAGAGGGAGGGAAGGUUGCAGAACUGGCAGAGUCUGUGGAUAAGGAGAAGGUUGCAAAAGAGAUCGAAUGCCUGGGGCAGAGGUGGGACGCUCUGCUCAAGAAGGCUGAAAACAGGCACAAGCAACUAGAGAGCAUCUUAGUCGUCACUCAGCAGUUCUAUGAGACCCUAGAGCCCCUGAGCGAGUGGCUCGCAGCUACAGAGAAACAAGUAGCCAACUCCGAACCCAUUGGCACUGAGACGUCUAAACUGGAAGAUCAGAUCUCUCAGCAUAAGGCCUUAGAGGAGGAGAUAAUGAAUCACAGUAAAGACCUGUUUCAGGCCGUCAGUCUGGGUCAGAUGCUUAAAACUGUGAGCUCAGUGGAUGAUAAGGAGUUUGUUCAGUCCAGACUGGACACCACCCAGGCCAGUUACAUAGAGCUCCAGGAGCGAUGCAGGAGGAAAGCCGAGAUGCUGCAGCAAGCUCUGGCAAAUGCCCAGCUGUUUGGAGAGGACGAAGUGGCCCUCAUGAACUGGCUCAACGAGGUGUACACAAGGCUGAGUGAGGUGUCCGUCGAGGACUACAAUAUAGAUGUUCUUGAAAAGCAGCUGGCAGAACAACGGGCACUGCAAAGUGAUAUUGAGCUGAGGAAGCAGAAUGUUGACCAAGCCAUUUGUAAUGGGAUGGAGCUUCUGAAGCAAACAACAGGUGAUGAGGUGAUUGUUAUCCAAGGCAAACUGGAUGGAAUAAAAACAAAGUAUGCUGAGAUCAACUCUAUGAGUGACAACGUUUUGAAGAAAUUGGAGCGGGUUUUGAGUCUCUCUACUAAGCUGCAACAUACCCACGACGACCUGGGCUCCUGGCUAGAGAAAGCAGAGGCUGAGAGUAGCGCUUUUGCUGACCAGGAACCAGUGGGCGAGCAGCUCAUUCAUGCACAAAGCAGGCAGAAGGCCUUGCUAAAGGAGACCAAAGACCAAAAACCCACAAUAGACAAGCUGAAUGAGUUGAGCAGUUCUCUCCUGGAUCUGAUCCCCUGGCACACUCGCGAGGGUCUGGACAAGCUGGUGACUGAGGAUAAUGAGCGGUACAGGGCGGUGUGUGACACCAUCACUCAGCAGGUCGAUCAGAUCAACGCUGAAAUACUCAAGUCACAGCAGUUCGAACAGGCUGCAGACACUGAACUCUCCUGGCUGACUGAAGCUGAGAGGAAGUUGCUGUCGAUGGCCGAGAUCAGACUGGAGCAGGACCAAACCACAGCCCAGCUCCAAGCACAGAAGAUCUUCUCCAUGGACAUCAUGAGACACAAAGAUACGGUAGAUGAUAUUGUGAAAACAGGAAAGGCCAUCAUGAACAGCAAAAACCCAGAGGAGAAAGAAACCUUGAAGGCCAAGAUGCAGACUCUCUUGGAGAAGUACGGUAUCGUCAGUCAGCUGAACUCAGAGCGCUGUCUGCAGCUGGAGCGAGCCCAGUCUCUGGCCAGUCAGUUCUGGGAGACCUACGAGGAGAUGUGGCCGUGGCUUCAGGAAACCUUGAGCAACUUCAGCCAUCUGCCUCCGCCUGCCAUCGAGUACGAAACGCUCAGGCAGCAGCAAGAGGAACUUAGGCAAAUGCGAGAGCUGAUUGCCGAGCACAAGCCCCACAUUGACAAGAUGAAUAAGACCGGCCCUCAGUUACUUGAACUCAGCCCAGUGGAGGGAGAGCCCAUCAGAGAGAAGUACACAGCUACAGACCAGCUUUACACCCAACUCAAGGCUGAUGUAAAGCAGAGAGCUGCUACUCUGGAUGAGGCCAUCUCCAAAUCCACCCAGUUCCAUGAUAAAAUUGACCCAAUGCUGGAAUCCCUGGAACGGAUUGCUGAACGCCUGCGCCAGCCUCCGUCCAUCUCAGUGGAGGUGGACAAGAUCAAGGAGCAGAUUACAGAAAACAAGGCCGUUUCCAUGGACUUGGAGAAACUGCAGCCCUCUUAUGAGACACUGAAGCAGCGAGGAGAGGAGAUGAUUGCACGAUCUGAAGGAGCAGACAAGGACAUAUCAGCCAAAGCUGUACAAGACAAGCUGGACCAUAUGGUGUUCCUCUGGAGUGACAUCCAGGCCUUGCUGGAGGAGCGUGAGGCGAAGCUGCUGGAUGUAAUGGACCUGGCAGACAAGUUCUGGUGCGACCACUGCGCUCUCAUCGUCACCAUCAAAGACAGCCAGGACCUGCUGAGAGAGCUCGAGGAGCCCGGAGUCGAUCCUUCAGUCGUCAAACAGCAGCAGGAGUUUGUGGAGGGAUUUAAAGAGGAGAUCGACGGGCUGCAGGAGGAGCUUGAUGUGGUUCAAAACCAGGGUGCAGAGCUUAUGACUGCCUGCGGGGAACCCGAUAAACCUGUGAUAAAGAAGAGUAUUGAUGAGGUGAAUUCAGCGUGGGAAAAUCUCAAUAAGACUUGGAAGGAGAGAGUGGAGAGACUGGAAGAAGCCAUGCAGAAUGCUGUGCAGUUUCAGGACGGCCUGCAGGGUAUGUUUGACUGGGUGGAUAUUCUGGAGAGCAAACUGGAUUUAAUGUCACCUGUAGGCACAGACCUGGAAACUGUCAAGCAGCAGAUUGUAGAGCUCAAGGAGUUCAAAGGAGAGGCGUACCAGCUGCAGAUCGAGAUGGAGCGCCUGAACCACCAGGCGGGGCUCCUGCUGAAGAAGGUGACGGAGGAGGCAGAUCGCUGCGCCAUCCAGGAGCCAAUGUCUGAGCUCAAGAUGCUCUGGGACAACCUGGACGAGAAGAUCAUCAGCCGGCAGCAUAAACUGGAGGGAGGCCUUCUGGCACUUGGCCAGUUCCAGCACGCACUGGACGAACUGCUGGCCUGGAUGAGCCACACCGAGGAGCUGCUCAAUGAGCAGAGGAAGGCUGGAGGAGACCCCAAAGCCAUCGAGAUAGAACUCGCCAAGCAUCAUGUUCUCCAAAAUGAUGUGUUGGCUCAUAAGGCGACAGUUGAGACCGUCAAUAAGGCCGGCAAUGAUCUGGUGGAGUCCAGCGCUGGAGAGGAAGCUUCUAGUUUGCAGAGCAAGCUGGAGAACCUGAACCAGCGGUGGAAAGCCAUCCUGGAGAAGACGACGCAGAGGAAGCAACAACUGGAGAGUGCUCUGCUUCAGGCCCAAGGUUUCCAUGGUGAGAUAGAAGAUAUGCAGCAAUGGCUGAAAGACACAGAACGUCAGCUGUUGGCAUCAAAGGCUGUGGGAGGCUUACCAGACACGGCCCGGGAGCAGCUUAACGCCCAUCUGGAGUUGUGUUCUGCCUUAGAGGCGAAGGAGGAGCUGUAUCAGGAGCUGAUGAACAAGGGUCACCAGCUGCUUGCCGUGACGCCCGAGGGUCCAGACAGCAACACGGAGCAGGACCUCGCCAACCUGAAGGACAAAUGGGAAGCCGUGCAGGGGAAGGUUGCUGAAAGAAAGGUGAAACUAGAGGAAGCCUUGACGCUGGCCACGGAUUUCCACAACUCCCUGCAGGACUUCAUCAACUGGCUAACCCAAGCAGAGCAGACACUGAACAUGGUUUCCCCCGCCUCCCUCAUUCUGGAGACCAUCAUGUUUCAGAUUGAUGAGCAUAAGAUGUUUGUGACAGAGGUGAACUCACACAGGGAACACAUCAUUGACCUGGACAAGACUGGAACACAUUUGAAGUAUUUCAGCCAGAAACAGGAUGUCGUCCUGAUCAAGAACCUGCUGCUCAGUGUGCAGGGCCGCUGGGAGAAGCUGGUGCAGCGGUCCGUUGAGCGAGGUCGCCUGCUGGAUGACGCCAGGAAGAGGGCGAAACAGUUCAAUGAAACUUGGAAUAAGCUUAUGGAGUGGUUGGACGAAUCUGAGAAGACUCUGGACUCAGAAGUGGAAAUUGCCAAUGAUCCGGACAAAAUCAAGACGCAGCUGGCGCAGCACAAGGAGUUCCAAAAAGCUCUGGGCAGCAAACACUCAGUGUAUGACACCACCACUCGAACAGGGCGGGCCCUGAAAGACAAGACCUCCCUUCAGGAUGAUAAUCAGAAGCUGGACGACAUGCUGAGUGAACUGAGGGAUAAAUGGGACACUGUUUGUGGCAAGUCAGUAGAAAGACAAAACAAGCUCGAGGAGGCCUUGUUGUUCUCUGGCCAGUUUACUGACGCUCUCCAGGCUCUCAUUGACUGGCUGUACAGAGUGGAACCUCAGCUGGCUGAGGACCAGCCCGUACAUGGAGACAUAGACCUGGUUCUCAACCUGAUAGACAACCACAAGGUUUUCCAGAAGGAGUUGGGAAAGAGGACAGUAAGCGUUCAAGCCCUCAAACGUUCAGCCAAGGAGCUGGUUGAGAGCAGCCACGAUGACUCGUCCUGGGUCAAAGUCCAGAUGCAGGAGCUGAGCACUCGCUGGGAGACGGUGUGCAACCUUUCGGUGUCCAAACAGGCCCGGCUGGAGCAGGCCCUGUGUCAGGCUGAGGAGUUUCACUCUACUGUUCAUAUCCUGCUGGAAUGGCUGGCUGAGGCAGAGCAGACUUUGCGUUUCCAUGGCAGCCUGCCUGAUGAUGAGGAGGCUCUGCAGGCACUUAUCGAACAACACAAGGAGUUCAUGAAGAAACUGGAGGAAAAGCGAGUGGCCCUAAAUAAAGCAACCAGUAUGGGGGAGGCUAUUCUGACCAUCUGCCAUCCAGACUCCAUCACAACCAUCAAACACUGGAACACCAUCAUUAAAGCCCGGUUUGAAGAGGUGCAGGCUUGGGCCAGGCAGCACCAGCAGCGACUGGCCACCGCCCUCACUGAGCUGUUGACCACUCAGGAGCUGCUGGAGAAUCUACUGACCUGGCUGCAGUGGGCUGAGACCAACCUCAACGAUAAGGACAAGGAGCCGCUGCCGCAGGAGAUUGAGGAGGUCAAAAGCCUCAUAGCAGAACAUCAGGCAUUCAUGGAGGAAAUGACCAGGAAGCAACCAGAUGUUGACAAAAUCACCAAGACACACAAAAGGAAGGCUGCUUUGGAGCCUCCGAACCAGUCUCAGAUCCCAGUGCUCGGCAAAGGAAGACCUGGAAGAAAACGUUCUCCCACACAAACCAUGUACGGGUCAGCAACACAAGCUCCCAUUGAAACCAAGAACCCCCGGGUUAACCUGCUGGUCACUAAGUGGCAGCACGUGUGGCUGCUGGCGUUGGACAGAAGGAGGAAACUCAAUGAUGCCAUGGACAGACUGGAGGAAUUGAAGGAAUUCGCCAACUUCGACUUUGAUGUGUGGCGGAAGCGCUACAUGCGCUGGAUGAACCAUAAAAAGUCCCGUGUCAUGGACUUCUUCCGCCGCAUUGACAAAGAUCAAGAUGGCAAGGUGACCCGACAGGAGUUUAUAGAAGGCAUUCUCUCCUCCAAAUUCCCUACCAGUCGUCUGGAGAUGAGCGCCGUGGCAGACAUAUUUGACAGAGACGGCGACGGCUACAUUGACUACUAUGAGUUCGUGGCAGCUCUUCAUCCCAACAAGGAUGCUUACAAACCACUAACAGAUGCUGACAAAAUUGAAGAUGAGGUUACGCGUCAAGUAGCAAAAUGCAAAUGUCCAAAACGAUUCCAAGUGGAGCAAAUUGGUGCCAACAAAUACCGGUUCUACCUUGGAAAUCAGUUUGGUCUGGUUCACUGCUUACAUGACUCCUUAAUCGGCGAUGAGACAAUAGCAAACAGGGAAAAUCAAAAUCUUACCCCCCACCUACACGUUGCAGUUUUGGAAAGCUGUAUUCUGUUCGGAGACUCUCAGCAGCUUCGGCUUGUACGGAUUUUACGCAGCACUGUGAUGGUGCGGGUGGGAGGAGGCUGGAUGGCCCUGGAUGAGUUCCUGGUGAAGAACGACCCAUGUCGAGUUCAUCACCACGGGAGCAAAAUGUUGCGCUCGGAAUCAAACUCUUCAAUUACUCAGUCUCCUAUAGGUUGGCAAAUCUCACACUUUCUCACCUUGCUCCAUGAACCCACCAGUGCUAAAGGCAGGACCAACAUGGAGCUGCGAGAGAAAUUCAUCCUCCCAGAGGGAACCACUCAGGUGAUGGCCAGCUUCCGCUACCGAGGCCGGAGAUCUCGGCCGUCGUCCAGAGGAGCCUCUCCCAACAGAUCCACCUCCAGUCAGAGCUGUCCGGUCCCAUCGCACGCAGCAGCGACCAGUACAGUGAAGACUCCCCAACACAUAACCCGCAAUUAUGAUAAGCCCUGGCUUACAAACAGCAAACCCUCCACUCCUCUUAAAUCAUCAGACUCCUUUGGGAGCCAAGGUUCAUCCUCAGAGGGUACACCAGUUCAAGGCAGCAAAUUACGUCUUCCUGGGUACUUGUCAGGCAAAGGAUUUCAGUCUGGUGAAGAGGGAACGUUGAUCAGCGCUGCUGUACUGAAAGCUCGGACACAGACAAUAGGUGACUCGAGAAAAAAUUCCAGCCGACCUGGAAGUAAAGCCGGGAGCAGAGGGAGCAGUCGCAGAGGAAGUGACGCUUCUGACUUUGACAUCUCAGACAUUCAGUCCGUGUGCUCAGACGUGUCCGAGACGGUCGGCGACUCAACCCGAGCGACGCCGCGCUCCGCUUCCCGUCAGCACGGAGGAAAACCCUCCAAGAUCCCCACUCCUCAGAGAAGAACCACUCCCACGAGCAAACUGGCCAAGGGAUCCAAGCGAUAGUCAGUGGCCUUGAAAAACAAACAGCCCAGGAGCUAGUUGCACCCUAAACACGUAACGGACACUGGAGAUAUCUAACUUAAAAAAAAAAGACUGCAAAUGUGUUGAGUGUUAUUUAAACUGUUGCGAAGAUGUAAAAUAUUCAGUUGAGAGGCAAUAUGGUUUAAUAUUAUGUGAGAAUGAAAUGUCAAUGGCCUUGUGUAUUUGUUUUUAAUGUAUUUCAUUUUCUGUGAAAAAAUGUCAAAUUGUUUUUAUCGUAUAUUAUUUUAUUGAUGCAAAACCUGUAGAGGUUUGACGGACACUAGAAAAAAACUGGGAAUGACUACGCCGUACGGUUAACUAACAUUUCUUAACACACUAAUGAAGGGCAACACGCAGGAUAGCGCUCUAAGAGUUACUGAAUGUACUGUUAUUUAUGUUCGCUGAUGUUUGGAGUAGAUGGUGCAUUAUGGUACCAUUUGAGGCACUGCAAUUAUCUAUUUAAGUGCUAUGAUAUACUGCCAACAUGCAUUUAAAGGGCAAUGCAAUAUACUACAAUAAACCCCAGUAAGCACUGCAGAAACCUUUGAAAAACACUAUUUAAGGCAAGUAGCAGAAAAACCACGUAAUCAUGAAGCUUUUACGUCCUGUUUGUUUGUGAGCAGCUGCAGUCCCUUGUUUUGUUUGACCACAGCAGUGUGUGCAUUGACCUUGCAGAGGUGCCACUCCAUGUAGACAUUCUCUUGUGCAUCAAUGUCAAUGUAUGGUUAAUUUCGGUAGAGCUGAAAUUGGUACUGUAACAUUACUUUGUAAUAAACCUGCUUGCAGAAAACCACCAGAGGCUGGUGGGGACCACA